AUGUCUGGUCAGAAAUACAUAAUUGCUGGCCAGUCCCACUAUUUCCUUAAGGAGUGGCGAAUUGAAACUGCUGAAGUUCCUGCUACCACAGAAGAAAGCCGUUUGGCAAAAAUGAUCUCGAUAUUAGAAGAAAGAGAAGCUCGUCGUAAAGCAGUCACAUUCAGAAGAAGUCGAUGGGCAUUGUGCAAAACGAAAGUGUAUGAGGACUGUCGAGAAGACAAAGUGUCGUGUGAAUCGGGCUACAGCUGCCUCUCUGCUGACGAUGAUGGCCGGUGCUGUAUUAGCAUGACGGCCAACGUGUUGUUACCAAGUAAUCCAACUGCUUGUCCAUCUCCUCCAGAAAUGGGCUACACAUGCAGUUAUGGAGGUAAAAGAACUGUGACGAGCUGGUGCCGAUCAAACUCAGACUGUAUGGCUGGUUCGGUACAUCUUUGUUGCGACACAGGUGUUCGAUCAAUUGAAAACGAUCGAUGUCCACCCGCAUCGCUACUGAGCGUUAAAUGCCGGAUGCACAGCAGUCGCUCAACCAAUUGGUGCAACUCCGACCAGGAUUGUCAGUUGUUGACGAAUUCGAAAGUACCGCAAUCGUGCUGUCCCACUCCAUGUGGUUACAACGCGUGCGUGGCAAACACCGGCUACCAGCUUGCCUUCGGAUAA